AUGAAUCUAGAGCGCGAUGCCUCAUUUGAGCCGGACCAGCUAGUUAAUCAAUUGUCCAUCCUACGAAUUGACGAAGACCUUCUAGGUGAUGGUAGUUUCCCACUUCGCCAUCCCAUUUCUCACCUCUCUUAGGUUCGUCGAAAAAGCCCCUUUUUGUGGAUACUGAGAACAAUAUUACAUUUAGACAGUAUGAAUCGGAGAAUGACCUUCAAAGCAUAAUUCCUCUCAUAUCGAAGGACCUUUCCGAACCCUACUCCCUGUAUACUUAUCGAUACUUCAUCUACAACUGGCCUAAACUAUGUUUGCUGGUAGACCUGGCUGCCUGCAUAUGCAUUUUUGUUUUCCUUAGGCUGUCAACGAAGAUGGUACAUGUGUGGGCGCAAUUGUUUGCAAACUGGACUACCAUGAACAGGUGAAGCGCGGCUACAUUGCCAUGCUAGCGGUGGAAAAGGAAUACCGCAAGAAGGGCAUUGGCUCCACGCUUGUCCAGUUGGCCAUAAAUCUCAUGAUUGAGGAUGGUGGUCAAGAGGUGUGUAACUAACGUGAUUUCUCGACGGUGGUGGUUACCUUUGCUAGUGCGGUUUUUGCCGGGUCAUGCCUGCAAACGGCGUUCGAGUCACCGCAGUAGUUUGCGCGUUUUUUCCUCGUACGUUAUGCUAUACAAGCAUGUUUCUGCAAGUUUUGGGAUCCUAUCCUGUGCACCAGGCUGAGUGCAUUGUAAUUCCCAGAUGCUGUUGUUUGUGUCAACAGUAUAUUCUUCGGUCGAGCAUUGACUAGUGGCUGGAUGCAUGCAGUAUUCAGCGACGAUUACCAUGCUCUACAGACGGAGCACUUAUGCAACUAGGUCACAGACAGGUCCUUUCUGACCGGUUUGUAAGCGUCAACCUCCGGUCGCGGUUUCUCCAAUUAUAUCAGAGCUAUUUUAAUUUAGAUUUCUUAGUUGUAUACAAAGUCACAAGGCUGCCGCAUCACGAUGACCACCAUAAGCGCGAGCUUGCAUAUCACCAGUGCCGUGAGGGCGUUAGAUGCUACCCAUUUUCAACCGACUAUUGCUCGCAGUAGCCUAUGACUUCUCGAAAGGCGAAGCGCUGCCGCAUGCGCGAUUUAUAUCGUGAAUGCCACAUUUCCUGAAAUGAUAGGAACUUCAGAAGCCGCCCUUCAUGGCGGAACGUGCGGUUCCAAACUCCAGCCCAACAAACCUUCCUAAACACUGUUUCAUCUCUCUCGACUUUGCAAUCUUCUUUUCUCUAUUGACUUUUAUGCGAGCGUAUCCGCUUUGUAGAUUGUGCUUGAAGCGGAGGCUACGAACGAACCCGCCCUUGCGCUUUAUGAACAACUUGGCUUCUCACGUGACAAGUACCUCUUUCGGUACUAUCUCACCGGAGUUGACGCCUUCCGAUUAAAGUUGUGGCUCGACGUCCCGCACUGCGAAUAA